UGUCGCUCCAUGUGCCGGGUGAGCACCGUGGUCGGGUCCCCCAGCGAGCUGCCACUGCCGCAGCUCGAAAGGAAUGUCCCCUGUUGUUAAGGACCCUGACUGUUUUACACCAAUGAUUUGCCACUGCAAAGUUGCUUGCACCAACAACACUUUGUCGUUGAUGUUUGGAUGCAAGAAGUAUCGCUAUCAAGAUGAGGACGCUCCACACGAUCAUUCCUUACCUCGACUGACCCACGAAGUGAGAGGCCCUGAACUGGUGCACGUGUCAGAAAAGAACCUGUCUCAGAUAGAAAAUGUCCAUGGAUACGUCCUGCAGUCUCACAUCUCUCCUCUGAAGCUCUCUGAUCCAUUUGGAGUUUAUUCUAGUGUACGAUGUGAGGUACUGAUCUAAUUUUAUCUUUUUCCAAGUGACUACCCAGUUGUCUCAGUAUUAUUUAUUAUAAAUUAAUUCUUUCUCACUGACUUGAGAUGCCGCUUUAUCAUACACCAAAUGUUUUUAAACCUUUUUUUUUGUACUUUAAAUGUGCAAAUAUCAUACUGUUUUAAUUAUAGACAAUGAUAAUCUCCAAAGGUCAGAAGAGAUAAUGAUUUCCCCAAGGUCAAUUUGCUGAAAAAAGAACAAAAAAAAAAAAAAAAACAGGAAACAUCAGAUCCAGGAUUUGAUCCAUGGCCACCCUAUGUUGGUAUGAUUUAAGUAACUUUCUAAGCUGAAUCUUUAUCUCGGUUAAAUAAAUCUAUCUGACAUAUUAAUAAUUAUCGUAUGAUUUAAAUAACCUUCUAAGCUGAAUCCUUAUCUCGGUUAAAUAAAUCUACCUGAUAUAUUAAUAAUUAUCUUAUAGAUAAUAAGUGGUAGUGUUUGGCAAAUGUAAACUACAAAAUUAGGGGUGCAGAGUAUUUUUGUAGCACAAAGUGACCGUUUUGUUAAAGGUCAUCUGACCCCUUUCUUAGUAUAUAGAUUAUUCUAUAGUCUAAUUCCAAAAGCUCUUGAAGAACCCUUUACUUCCCAGAAGUAGGAUUUUAUAUGCAUUCAUACUAGUAGAGUAUAUAUGGCAAACUUUGAGCUGAUUUGAACCACAAUGGACAUGAUGGGGGCAGGGGAAAGAAUCUAUCAUUGUCUCUCAUGACCCACAUUCUAAUGUCCAUGUAAUGAGAAUCCCUAUAAUGAGUGCAUUAUUUUAUAAAUAUGAAAAAAAAACUAGAAAAUAAAUAUGAGGCAAAUAAAUGCUGUUUCCCUAGUGUUGUGCAGUUUAAAACAAAAACAAAAACCCACUGGCAGAAGCCAUCUGGUCCUGGCAACCUUCCCGGUUAAACACUUUUAAUUGCUUCUGUGAUCUUGGUGGGUUGGUGUGCCAUGGUUUCCAGGGAUUUGGGAGAAGUGACCUUUAUGAAGUAAUCACAGUUUGUUGUA